AUGGAGCAAGUCGACACGGUUGUUUCGAGAUUUGACCUUGAAGAAGAGAUUGAAGAAUUUGAAAUCGAAGUGGAGGAUGAAAAAAAGAAAAAAAAGAAAACCGGAAAAAAAGAUAAAAAAAAGAAAGAAGAAUUGAUUGACAGACCUUUAGUGGGUGCUAUUAAACCAUUACAACCUGAACCUUCUCUCAAAAUAAAUGGUUUGAAAAAUGUUAAACUUAGUAGCUUAACUCAAAAAAUUAUGGGUUGUAUUGUCGGAGAACAAGUUACAGCUGAAUCCCCGUGGAUUACAAUUAACAAAGUGGUAGUAGAUGAAAAUUUAUAUCUUCAUCACGAAAGUUCUGAUUUUUUACCUGUCAAAGAUGAUUUAGCCGAGUACAAUGACAAUACCAUUUUAGUCGGUUACGAUUCGAAAUACAUGCCUUAUGAAGAUGAAGAUUUACAUCGUUUUUAUAUUGCUGUUACUACAGAAGCAAAACAAUAUAUUUUAGCAAUGUUAGAAAAGGAAAGGCUCGAAGUCGAAGAAAAAAUUAGAAAUUCCAUACAUAAAAAAAUUUUACCUUGGAUUUCACACGGUAGUGAAUUAGAAGUUGAUAGUGCUCGAACUUUAAAUUCAAGACCGCUUAUAAGCCUUGAAUUAGAGACGGAUAUAGAUGAGUUGCUUAAACCUGUAAGCUUUAAAGAUAGAAAUGUAGAAGAUGUUAGGGAUGGGUAUGUACGAAUUGGACCUGGAAGACACGAAUUUCAAGGCAUCAAAAAAAUGUUAGUUGAUGUCUCUACGCAAGCAGUACCUGCAGUCAAUCAUAAUACUGCUCAGACAGAUCCUGGCCUUCCCACAAAUGCUUGGACACAAUAUUUAUACGACAUGAAAACGGCGAAAGAAAUUUUAGCUACUUGUCAAUCAAAAGAACUAAGCCCCGAUCAUAAUUUUGCCGAACUAGACUAUAUGGAAAAAGCAUUACAUUAUAACCAAAAUUUUGAUCUGUACGUUAACGAUUACCCAUUGUUGGUGUUAAAACCCACUGAUAAAGAUAUUCCUCAUAAAAAUGAUUUCGAGGAAUACGAAGCUUACACCGAUGUGAAUCAUUGUAAAAGUCGUUUAAUAUCAUCCAUAGCAUGGCAUCCCAUGUGGAGUGGAAUUGUAGCUUUAUCGUACACUUUUGCUGUACGUUGCGCUACAGCAUCGGACAUUGAACUCCCUGGCGAUGAAGUGUACAGAGAAGUUUUUUCUAAAAAUCACGUUUUGUUGUGGAGUUUCGUAGACGCCUUAAAUCCUCGGCUUGUUUUAGAAAGCCCUAGAGAAGUACAUUGCCUUGCUUGGUCACCCGUAAAUCCUAACUUAUUGGUUGGUGGAUGUUCAAGCGGCCAAAUUAUAAUAUGGGAUCUUAAAGGAAAGUUAGAAGCAGUCGAAAAGGAAGAAUACUUAAAUCCCGAGCAACAAAAAUAUCGUUUGGUAAUACAAAAUCUUGUUAAAUGGCUACAACCUCAGCCUCCGGUACAAUAUGUUCGUCCAGCAGCUUUAUCUAAGAUAAAGUUUUCCCACAUUGGUAAAGUUACACAUCUUCAAUGGCUUUCUCCUUACUUUGAGUGGACAAAAAAUGGACAUUAUCAUAAAGUUCCGGAAGACGGAAAGUUUUCGAUGCAAUUGAUCAGUUGCGGAGAAGAUGGAGUUCUUAGGGUAUGGGAUUUAAACGUAAUACCAAAUGAAACGGAUGAUGGAAGGCCUAAAAGACGGAAAGUUCGAAAACGUCCUUCGGCACUUACAGCUCAAAUAAGCAUUUAUAAAGUUUUCGAUCGAAAGUUUCAGCCUAUUUACAUGCUUUACCCUAAACUUCCUACCGGAAAAGUAUCGACAAAAUUAACCGCGUUGUCCGUUCAUACCCAUAAAAUUUCUUAUCAAUUGAGUUCUUCGCAUAUUCUUUUACCUGUAGACAAAUGGGAAGAUAACAAAAAAAUCGAUCCAAGGAAGGUAUCAGCAGAAGAAAAUUCAGUAUCUUCCGAGUCACUGAGCAUACAUGAUUUAGAAGGCGUAACAAAAAGUGAACAAAAUGAAAUGAAAAAUAGUGAUUUAAAUAAAAUUGCACGUGUGGAAAGUGAAGUGUCUACUCAAGAAUUUGGGUUAAAAAAAGGAAUGUUUAGCGACCCAAGCUUUAAAGAUGGAUCUACUCGAAGCGAUGUGACUCAUCGAAGAAUUUUUAACCCCGUAUUACAAAUUCCGAAAGAGGAACCAAGGAAAGUUGUAGAAUUGGUAAAUGAUGAAGGUGACUUUUUAACUUUAAGAUGGGAAGGAUUUGAUUUUCACAAGGGGGAAGAAAUCACUACGGAAGAAGGUGCCACUUUAAGUUUUUGUGAAUCCGUGCACGACGGACCUGUGACAACGUGCACACGCUCUCCCUUUAUUGAUAACUUGGUUCUCACGGUGGGAGGAAAAGUCAUAGCAUUAUGGGUAGAAGAAUUGAAAAAUCAUCCGUUAUUUUUGAAAUUUACCGAGGUCGCCGUUACCUGCGGAUCAUGGUCUCCAUACCGCCCUUGCGUGUUUCAUAUAGGUCGUGCUGACGGUUCAAUAGAAGUAUGGGAUCUUGCCAGAAGUAGUGACAGUCCGGUUUUCGUACAAAGUAUUUCCGGUAAAGUUCUUACAUCGAUAGCUGAUCACACUCUACCCUUACUCGAUAGUAAAUCGCUUUUGGGCGUCGGCGAUUAUAAUAAGUCUUUUAGACUUUUAUAUUUUCCAAAGGAAUUACAAGUUCCUCUUGUAAAUGAAUUACGCACGCUCGAAGAUUUAAUUUUCAGAGAAGUGUAUAUAAGAAAAACGUAUUACGUUUGGAACGAAAGUUUCUUGAAGACAAACGCGGAAGAAUUAGAAAAAAUGAAAAUAAAAGAACAAGAAGCGGAAAGGAUUCGUAAGGAAGCAGAAUUAGAAGCGGAGCAAGAGGCUUUGCAUCGUGCCAAAUUGGAAGAAGAAGAAGCUAAGAAAUUAGCUAAGGGCCGUCAUGGAAAUUCACUUUCCGAUAGAUUUUUAGAACGUAUAAAAAACGAAAGGGAAAAACAAAUGCAACGAGUACUCAUGGAAAAAAAACAUUUAAAUAAAAGCGAUUUGAUCGCAAAGCAACAACCCAUUAUAAUGAUGAAAAAAAUGGAAAAGGGUAAAAGGAGAAAACAGAGGGAAAAAAUAAAACAACAGCAAAAAAUAUUUGAUAAAACCGUAGUCAUGUUAUUUCCGGAAGUUAUAGAAAAAAAAGACGAGGGUUUAUCUCGUAUUGAUGAAUUUGAAACGGAAUUAAUGUCGCAUCAAAGCGAACUCAUGGAUCAAUACGAUUCGCUUUUACCAAUUCAAACGAAAAUUGUAAGAGAUAAUCAAUUUAAUAAAAGGUUAAAAUGGGAAAAGGUUUUCGAAGAAGGAAUGACGAGAAGGAACGUUUUAGAUUUUCCAUUAUACCUAAGACAUAAACGAAUGGAUAGAUUUAACGCUUCCAAUUCUGAAAGUAUUUUUAAAAGAGAAGAAUAUAGAAAGAAAGUCGCAUUCAAAGAUGAUAGAGAUGAAAAUUAUAAUGAAUACGAAGAGGUAGAAAGAAAAGAUGAAGAAGAAAGGGAAGAAGAGGAAGUAGAAGAAGUAGAGGAAGAAGAUGAAGAAGAAGAUGAAGAAGAAGAAAAUAAUAAUGAGGAAGUACCAGAAAACAUAAGUCAAACGGAUACAAAUCAAUCAGAUUCAUCCCAAUUACUUUAA